GUUGGUUCGCUCCUCCUCCCUGGGCUGUUGAUGCGGAACUGGCUGGGCGGCUUUGGGGCUGGGGAGCGCGAGCUGCGUGCGCGAGGAGGAGGAAGAGGAGGAGGAGGAGGGCGAAGGCAGCGGGGCCUCCUCCACUGACAGGUUGAUGACACAAUUUCCAUGAGCUAUCUCUUCUCCGAGAGCAUUAUCAGAAGUUGGCUGGACUAAUGAAUGAAAAGUUCACUGAGAUGACAUAGUGAAGGAGGCAAGAUCAUGGUGCAGCGGAAGAGAAGCUGUCCUCGCCUACUUGAUUACCUUGUGAUUAUUGGAGCCAGGCAACCAAGCAGUGAUAGUGUGGCACAGACACCCGAACUACUGCGUCGUUAUCCUCUAGAAGAUCACACUGAUUUCCCACUUCCUCCAGAUGUAGUCUUCUUCUGUCAGCCUGAGGGAUGUUUAAGUGUUCGCCAGAAGCGUAUGAGUUUGCGAGAUGACACUUCUUUUGUUUUUGCACUCACAGAUAAAGAUACAGGAGUUACUCGCUAUGGAAUAUGUGUCAAUUUCUAUCGCUCCUUUCAGAAGCGUUUGCCCAAGGAGAAAGGGGAAGGCAGUGGUGGACAUCGUGUCCGAAAUGGGCAGAAAGCACCCAAAUCUGGGGAUGCUUCCACUGCUCAAGAAGAAAAAGGGAAUGAGAGUUCAGAAAGUGGUGGUUCUCUGCAACCACCAAGCACAGAGUCUGCCUCUGAUGGGAAUCGAUCGCCUCGGAGUAAACGUUCAUCCAAAGGCACUCACCGCUCUCGUAACAGCACCCUAACCUCACUCUGCGUCAUUAGUCACUAUCCAUUUUUCUCUACAUUUCGUGAAUGUCUGUAUACUCUGAAGAGGCUGGUGGACUGCUGUAGUGAGAGACUGUUAGGAAAGAAGUUGUCGAUCCCACGAGGAGUGCAAAGGGAUACAAUGUGGCGGAUAUUCACAGGUUCCCUUCUCGUGGAAGAGAAAUCCAGUGCAUUACUACAUGAUUUGCGUGAAAUUGAAGCCUGGAUCUAUCGACUGCUCCGUUCCCCUGUGCCUGUUGCUGGCCAGAAGCGUGUGGAUGUGGAAGUCUUGCCACAUGAAUUGCAGCCAGCCUUGACGUUUGCGCUCCCUGAUCCAUCCCGGUUCUCUCUGGUGGAUUUCCCUUUGCAUCUGCCCUUGGAGCUGUUAGGCGUGGAUGCCUGUUUGCAGGUGUUGUCUUGCAUUCUCCUAGAACACAAGGUAGUUCUGCAAUCUCGGGACUAUAAUGCCCUUUCCAUGUCUGUUAUGGCAUUUGUGGCUAUGAUAUAUCCGAUGGAGUACAUGUUCCCUGUGAUUCCACUCCUUCCUACCUGCAUGGCUUCUGCAGAACAGCUACUUCUGGCCCCAACGCCCUAUAUCAUUGGAGUCCCAGCCAGCUUCUUCCUUUACAAACUAGAUUUUAAAAUGCCAGAUGAUGUAUGGCUAGUUGAUCUGGACACCAAUAAGGUUAUUGUUCCUACAAAUGCUGAGUUACUGCCUGUUUUGCCAGAACCUGAAGUUUUGGAAUUGAAAAAACACCUGAAACAAUGUCUGGUUAGCAUGACUGCAAUCACUCAGCAACAGCUGCUCACGCCUGACAAAAAGGCUUUGGCCAGCAUGAGUUUGAAUACCCAGCCCAUCCUUAACCUAGAAAAGUUUCAUGAAAGUCAAGAGAUCCCACUACUUACAGGAAAACCUCAGAAUGACCUACAAUCCACACCUUCUACAGAAUUCAACCCCCUGAUCUAUGGCAAUGAUGUAGAUUCAGUGGAUGUGGCCACAAGGGUUGCCAUGGUAAGAUUCUUCAAUUCGCCAAAUGUUCUACAAGGAUUCCAGAUGCAUACGCGUACACUUCGCCUCUUUCCUCGACCAGUGGUGGCAUUUCAGGCCAAUUCCUUCUUGGCCUCACGGCCAAAGCAGACAGCCUUUGCAGAAAAAUUGUCCAAGACUCAGGCAGUGGAAUACUUUGGGGAAUGGUCACUCAACCCCACUAAUUAUGCUUUCCAAAGAAUUCAUAAUAAUAUGUUUGACCCAGCUCUGAUUGGUGAUAAGCCGAAGUGGUAUGCUCAUCAACUGCAGCCAAUUCAUUACCGUGUCUAUGAUAGCAAUUCUCAACUGGCUGAAGCGCUCAGUGUCCCAGUAGACAGAGAUACAGAUUCUGAUCCUACUGAUGAUAGCGGCAGUGAUAGUGUGGACUACGAUGACUCCAGCUCUUCCUAUUCAUCCCUUGGUGACUUUGUCAGUGAAAUGAUGAAGUGUGACAUCAAUGGUGGCACUCCAAAUGUGGAUCCACUAACUCAUGCUGCUUUGGGGGAUGCAAGUGAAGUGGAAUUUGAUGAUUUCCAGGAGUACUCGGGUGAUAUAGAUGAACAGGCCCCAGACAGUGAGAACUCUCAAGACAAUAACCAGCCUCGAUCAAGUUCAAGCACUACUGCCAGUAGUAGUCCCAGCACUGUCAUCCAUGGGGUGAAUCAUGAAUCUGCUGAUUCUGCAGAGAUGGAAGAGAAGAUAAUAGCUGGAUUUUCAAACCACCUUCCCAGUUUGCCUUUGCAAUCAAACUUUCCCAAGAUGGCCAUGGAUCGUCGUGAUGGGGAGAGUACUACAAAUAUGGAAGGAAUGGUGAAGAAACGGGAGUAUGAUAAUCCAUACUUUGAACCACAGUAUGGGUUCCCAACAGAGGAUGAUGAUGAUGAACAGGAGGAAAGCUAUACACCAAAGUUCAAUCAGAACCUCAAUGGCAGUAGGCCCCCAAAGCCUCUGCGUCCCAGCAGUUUGAAGCUAGGCAAUGAUUCUGAUGCAGAAUCGGAUUCUCAUGCCAGUUCCCCGAAUUCUACGAUCUCUAACAACAGCAGUGAAGGUUUUGGGGGAAUUAUGUCUUUUGCCAGUAGUCUAUACAAGAACCACAGCACAAGCUUUAGUCUGUCCAAUUUAGCACUUCCAACCAAAGCUGGGAGAGACAAAAAUACUCCAUUUCCCAGUCUGAAAGAUUACUUUAAUCUGGAAGUGGGAAGGGAUGUGGAUGAAGGAAACCGGCGAGCACUUGUUGAUCAGAAAUCUUCUGUCAUAAAGCACAGCCCAACAGUAAAAAGGGAAUCUCCUUCACCUCAGGGACGAACUGGAAAUUCCAGUGAAAACCAGCAGUUCUUGAAAGAGGUGGUGCACAAUGUCCUAGAUGGACAAGGAAUUGGCUGGUUUCACAUGAAGAGAGUCCGUCGUCUCCUGGAGAGUGAGCAGCUCCGUGUGUUUGUAUUAAGCAAACUUAAUCGCACCAUUCAGUCAGAGGAGGACGCACGACAGGACAUGGUCCAGGAUGUGGAGAUCAGCCGCAAGGUUUAUAAAGGGAUGCUGGACUUGCUGAAGUGUACCGUGUCAAGUCUUGAACUAUCAUAUACAAAUGCAGGACUUGGGGGCAUGGCGAGUGUCUUUGGCCUUCUGGAAAUAGCUCAUACUCACUACUAUAACAAAGAGCCAGAAAAAAGAAAAAGAAGCCCAACAGAUGGAGCAAUCACUCCAGUUGGCAAGGACCAUAUUUUACCCACGAGGGUAGAAUCGAAACCCAAGGUGCAUCUUCCGGUACCCCAGCUCAUACCACGGGCACCGAGCCCCGCAGGGAAAGGGCCAAGCGAGUUUGACACAAGGAGUCUAAAGGAGGAGAAUUUUGUAGCUUCUAUUGAAUUGUGGAACACGCAUCAGGAAGUGACAAAGCAAAAAGCUUUGGAAAAACUGAGAUCAGAAGGUACAAAGCACAUCUUUGAUGUGGGAGAGACAGAUGAGAAAAAAUCGCAGAUUAGUGCAGAUAGUGGCGUGAGCUUAACCUCCAGCUCCCAGAAAAGUGAUCCAGAUUCUGCAACAAGUGUUGGACCUGUUGUUAUGAUCCGAAGCACCAGCCAAGAUUCUGAAGUUAGCACAGUGGUGAGCAACAGUUCUGGAGAGACACUAGGAGCAGACAGUGAUUUGAGCAGCAAUGCGGGCGAUGGCCUUGGUGGAGAGAGUGGUGGAAACCUAACAGGAUCACGAGGCACUGUAUCAGAUAGUGAAAUUGAGACUAAUUCUGCCACUAGCUCUAUCUUUGGUAAAUCUCAUAGUUUGAAGCAGACAAUAAAAGAUAAUAAACCCAGCAGUCUGGCAAGAGCUGCAGAAGAUUCAAGCCAACGUGUUUAUCUCUGUGAGGGUCUUCUGGGGAGAGAUAAAGGAUCUGUCUGGGACCAGUUAGAGGAUGCUGCCAUGGAAACCUUCUCUAUGAGUAAAGAGCGCUCCACACUGUGGGACCAGAUGCAGUUCUGGGAAGAUGCUUUUCUAGAUGCUGUGAUGUUAGAGAGAGAAGGAAUGGGAAUGGACCAAGGGCCUCAAGAAAUGAUUGACAGGUAUUAUUCUUUAGGAGAUCAUGACCGAAAGCGUUUAGAAGAUGAUGAAGAUCGCCUAUUGGCUACACUACUUCACAAUAUGAUAGCCUACAUGCUUAUGAUGAAGGUACAAAAGAGUGAUAUUAGGAAGAAGGUACGCCGUUUGAUGGGGAAAUCUCACAUUGGCCUCAUGCAUAGUCAAGAAAUAAACGAUGCACUUGACAAAAUUUCUAACAUGAAUGGCAGAGAGCUUGCAAUUCGACCCAGCGGAAGUAGAUACAUCAAGAAGCAAACGUUUGUUGUACAUGCUGGAACAGAUACAACGGGAGACAUCUUCUUCAUGGAGGUAUGUGAUGAUUGUAUUGUGCUGAGGAGCAACAUUGGCACUGUGUAUGAGCGCUGGUGGUAUGAAAAACUCAUUAAUAUGACAUACUGUCCCAAAACAAAAGUACUUUGUCUGUGGAGAAGGAAUGGCCAAGAGACACAACUGAACAAGUUCUACACCAAAAAGUGCCGGGAAUUAUAUUAUUGUGUAAAAGAUAGUAUGGAGCGCGCAGCUGCAAGACAACAAAGCAUAAAACCAGGCCCUGAAUUAGGUGGGGAAUUUCCAGUACAAGAUAUGAAGACUGGUGAAGGAGGGCUUCUUCAAGUCACACUGGAAGGAAUUAACCUGAAAUUCAUGCACAGUCAGGUUUUCAUAGAGCUGAAUCACAUUAAAAAGUGCAAUACAGUGCGAGGAGUCUUUGUCCUGGAAGAAUUUGUUCCUGAAACUAAAGAAGUGGUGAGCCACAAGUACAAGACGCCAAUGGCUCAUGAGAUCUGCUACUCGGUAUUGUGUCUCUUCUCUUACGUGGCUGCAGUUCGUGGGAAGGAAGCAGAAAGCAAAAACAAACCUCCUCGUCCAGUGUCCAGCUGAUCAAGGGUCACUGAUGGGAAAUGUGUUGGCGUGUAAUACUCCAAUUUCUGUUGUUCUUACAGGAAUUCAUAUAGCCAUCUCCAAUGCAAUUUUUUUUGUUUAGUUGACCUGCAAGUCCCCUUGACAGAAAUCAGACAUCACUGUUCAGUUCUGUGCUGAAACUGUUUUCUCUAGCAUUUCUGAGUAUUGGCUGCCCUUCUACAAUGUUAUGAUCUGUUCUUGCCAGCCUUGGAAUUUGCUUUCCUUGGCAAUUAGCUCACAAUGAGGUUCAGUUGUUUUUAUUUUCAGUGGUAGCAUUCUUAUUUGUAAUCUAUUUAUAGACUCAAGCCUCUGUGUUCAGGUUUGCUAUUUUGCCCACAGUGGGUAUCUGCUCAGACUUGCCUGGGUCACCUAUUGUUGCUGCUGUUGAAGUGCUAUGCUCUUCAUUAUUUUGUUCUUUACUUAUGCUUGUCAACAUGGAAUUUCUGCCACAUGACCUUUCUGUGUUCUUGAGCACCUCCAACCAUUCUACAGAAAGGCAUGUUUUUUUUCUGAGAAUGGAAACAAAACUACACAUUAAUUAUUGUGUCUUUAGAGGAAUAGUUAGAAAUCAUGAUGGCAGAAGGAAAUAGGCAAGCCUCUUAAGACUGAUAUGCAUGUACUGUACAUAGUCUUUUAAUUGGAAGACUACCAGCCUGGUAACAUUCCAGUAGUUCAUCUCGUAUGUGCUCAUAGUGAUAGAUGCAGUUCUUCAUGAUAAGUGUACAGAAUUGAGAAAAGGGAAAAAAGUCAUAAACAUGAAGAAUAAAAUGAAUGGAAGGGAAAACUCACCAAAACAGAGGAAGUCCUGUUAGUUGAAAAAUGACAUUGUUAUCCAAAGCACAAUCAGUUCUGUUGUAUGGUGUUGGAAAUGCUUCUGGUUAUGAAAAUAAUGUUGAGGAAUACAAGUUUGUCAAUAGUACUCUUCCAAGGCUCUUUGUAGUCACUGUUUCUGUCUAAACUGUACUUCAGGGAGGGAAAUCAUGUAGCCCUCCAGAUGAUAUUGGAUCACAACUCCCAGCACUCCUCACCAUUGAUUAUGCUUGCCAGGGUUUCUGGAAGUUACUGUUCCCUAACACCUGGAAGUCCACAUGAGUGGUCCUUUCUGUAUAUGUAUAUCAAAUAAUUUUGCAAAAACCGUGCUACUGUGCAAUGAAGCCUCCCUCCCAGGUAAAGUAUUCAGGUGACACUUUAUUUCUUAGUAUGUUGAAAAAUGAAUGUCUGAGAUGUCUUUUCUUUUUAGUGGACUCUAAUGCAAAAAAAAAAAAAAUGCACCAGGGUGCUUGGAAGAGAGGAUCUACAGUAUGUAAUAAACUCUAGAACAUAUGAGAUUGCUCUAACUCUUGUUGGAGUGCUAAAAAGAAGUAAUAAAAUCAAGUAAAUGAGUUUACUCCAUACCGCUUGGCCUGUGAAUGGACUGCAUUAUGAAACAGUUGAGUGGAAAGAUGUAAAUAUUUCAGUACCCCAUCUAUUUAUAGAAAAGUGUACAGUUGUGUGGAUGUGAAAAAUAAAGUAUCCUUAAACCAC